AUGUUUAUCACUGAAAAAAGUCUUAAUAAUUUAAAAUAUUAUAAGUACAGUGGGGUUGACCAUUCAUUGUGUGCUAAUUAUAUUCUCUCUCCUUAUUUUUGGGAACCUCUUCUUACUCAUUGUAUUCCUAGAAGUAUUGCUCCAAAUAUGAUAACACUAAUAGGCGGAUUAUUUAUGGUAUUAGCAUAUAUUCUCUUCGUUAUUGAAUCACCAACAGGAACAGAAACUGUGUCUACAUUUACUUUAGUGAUGAGUGGAAUUCUUAUUUUCUUAUACCAAACUGCAGAUAAUCUUGAUGGUAAACAAGCAAGAAGAACAAGCAACUCAUCUCCUCUUGGAGAAUUGUUUGACCAUGGAGUAGAUACAUUUAUGAUGGGAAUAUUUUCAAUGAUAAUAGUUAUAGUCUUCAAGUUUGAUUUAACAACACAAUUAUUUAUUUUUAUAUUUUUAUUAACUGUGUUUUAUAUGUCUCACUGGGAAGAAUACCACACAAACACUCUAGUCCUUGGAUACAUAUUUAAUCCAACUGAACUACAAUUAUUGUGUAUAGUUGGUUUAUUUAUUAUUGCUAUUAAUCCAAAUAUUAUUUAUUUAGAAAUAUUUGGAAUAACAAUUCAGUAUUGGGCAAAAUAUUGUAUUAUUGGAUUUGCUUCAUUAGCAAAUAGUUAUUAUUUUUAUUCUGCUUUUAGUCAUAUUAAUAAAACUCAUUGUUGUACAAAAACAGAAGCAUUAAAACAUGGACUUCCAUAUUUUUGUUUUACUUUAAUGUCAUUUAUAAAUAUUUUAUUAGUACCAAAUACAUUUAUUAUCUCUCAUUAUCAUUUGUUUAUUGGAACAUUAAUUUUCAUUAAUGCUUAUUUAACUCAAAGGUUAAUUGUUCAUCGAAUUUGUAAAGAAUCUGUAACAUAUUAUCACACUCUUCUUAUACUUUAUACACUGUAUACUUUAAAUGGUAUUCUUUAUUCUUUACAAAUACCAGCCCUUAAUUUCUAUUUCUCUUUACGACUUUUAUUUGUCUUUGCUUUAGUAUUUGAAAUUUCUUUUAUAUACACUAUUAUUACUUCUUUUUCAAAAUAUCUUCAUAUUAAUGUGUUAUUCAUUACACCAAAACAUGAUUAA